GUCACUGAGAGUACUUCGUUAGAGGCGGUCGUGUUUUAAGAAUUGUUCAGACGGCCCAGAACACAUGUGUGAUACGAAAGUGAGCAGCAAUAUUUAUCGCGAAGAUUUCAUUGUUUCAUUUGUGUGACAUACGGAAGAAUUGUACACACGGUGGUGAGAAACUGUGCAGUGAGAGAAUUACGCCAAACAAUCAAUCAGUGCUGAGCAAAUCGCAUGCGCGCGACUUUUUUGCUCGGGGUUUGUGCAUGGUGAGAGAGUGGACCAGACCUGAAUAUACAGAGAAAAACAUUCGCCAAACGACCGUGAAUCGAUUAGGAUAGGAAGCACGUACGGUUUGAUGUUGUAAACUGGAUCCCGAAGGAAAAUUGAGUGUGUAAAGUUGUAGUGUGUUGUUUUUUGAGUUAAACUCUAGUGGAAAUACAGUGCGACACAAUGCCAUCGGAACCGAAGGUAUUCAACCCGCACCCGGAGGUGGCCAACAAGGCCUACAUCAAUACCAUGGAUCAGUAUCGGGAAUUCUAUCGACAGUCCAUCGAGAAUCCAGGCCAGUUUUGGAGUACUGUCGCGAAGCAGUUUCACUGGGAGACUCCCUGUGAUCUAAACAAUUUUUUCUCGUACAACUUUGACAUCUCCAAGGGGCCUAUUUUUGUGAAAUGGAUGGAAGGAGCUUCGACCAACAUUUCCUACAAUUUGCUGGAUCGAAACGUUAAGAAUGGACUAGGCGAUUCUGUGGCCUACUAUUGGGAAGGCAACCAUCCAGACGACUACAGUCGCCUGACUUAUCGCAAGCUGCUGGAGGAAGUUUGUCGCUUCGCAAAUGUCCUGAAAGCCCACGGAGUGCAGAAAGGCGACCGUGUGUCAAUCUACAUGCCGAUGACGAUGGAACUUCCGGUGGCAAUGUUGGCUUGUGCUCGUAUCGGUGCCGUCCAUUCGAUUGUGUUUGCAGGUUUCUCAUCGGACUCGCUGGCCGAGAGAAUGCACGAUUGUCAGGCCAAAGUACUGAUUACGGCUGAUGGUGCUUGGCGCGGGGAAAAGAUCCUGCAGCUGAAGGAACUUUGUGAUCAUGCUAUGGCAAAGGCGGAAGAGAUGGGACACCGCGUGGAAGCCUGUAUCGUCGUGGCACACAUCAACCGUGUUACUCCAGGCAAAGAAGGUUGGGAUGGGGUCUUUGAUACCCCAUGGACGGACGAUCGCGACUUCUGGUGGCAUCAGGAAAUGGAAGAUGCCGAACCGGCUUGCUACCCGGAAUGGAUGGCGGCCGAGGAUCCGCUGUUCAUGUUGUACACUAGUGGAUCUACUGGUAAACCGAAAGGUGUUCUACAUACAACAGCUGGAUAUUUGUUAUACGCAGCGACCACCUUUAAGAUUGUAUUCGAUUACAAACCCCAUGACGUGUACUGGUGUACCGCUGAUAUUGGUUGGAUCACUGGUCAUACGUACGUGCUGUAUGGACCAUUGGCCAAUGGAGCAACCUCGGUGAUGUUCGAAGGUACUCCCUUCUUUCCGGAUAAUGACCGCUACUGGGAGGUUAUAGACAAGUACAAGGUGUCCCAGUUCUACACGGCACCAACGGCGAUUAGGUCGUUGAUGAAAUUCGGUGAUGAACCAGUGUUGAAGCAUGAUUUGUCUUCGUUAAGAGUUCUCGGUAGUGUUGGAGAGCCCAUCAAUCCGGAAGCUUGGAUGUGGUACUACAAAGUUGUUGGCAAGGAGAAGUGCUCCAUCGUGGAUACGUUCUGGCAGACAGAAACGGGUGGACAUGUGAUAACUCCGCUUCCAGGGGCAACUCCUAUGAAGCCGGGUUCUGCUUCAUUCCCGUUUUUCGGAGUUAAACCAACGCUACUGGAUGAAAGCGGCAACGAAAUUACGGGAGAAGGUGAGGGAUAUUUAGUCUUCUCGCAGCCUUGGCCGGGAAUGAUGCGAACGCUGUUCAACAACCACCCACGAUAUGAGUCCACGUACUUUUCCAAGUUCAACGGAUAUUAUUGCACUGGUGAUGGAGCACGCCGCGACGCCGACGGUUACUACUGGGUCACCGGUCGCGUGGAUGACAUGUUGAACGUAUCCGGUCAUCUGAUGUCCACCUCUGAAGUUGAAUCGGUACUGACGGAACACCCGAGCGUUUCGGAAGCGGCCGUCGUCUCUCGACCGCACCCCGUCAAGGGUGAAUGUUUGUACUGUUUUAUCACCCCGAACCAGAAUGAAGUCUUCGACAAGACGCUAAUCAACGAACUGAAAGUGCUGGUACGGGAACGGAUCGGUCCGUUCGCCCAGCCAGAUGUGAUCCAGCAUGCUCCGGGACUGCCAAAGACCCGCUCCGGAAAGAUUAUGCGGCGGGUGUUGCGCAAAGUGGCCAUCAACGACCGGGACAUCGGAGACACUUCAACCCUGGCGGAUGAGGCCAUCAUCGAACAGCUCUUCGCCAACCGUCCGGUGGCUUAGAGGAGUUAACUCAACAUUGGGAUCUCAAUAAUGCUUUGCAUCAACUGUGAAACGUAGAAAUAUUUGGGCGAUUUUAUUCGAUAUCGGCCGGGACGAAAACAAACUACGAAUAUCCUAAUAAGAGAAAAACAUGCAACUGGACUUGGCUAGUAACGAAUUGCAGUAGGAAGACUAUCGCAAACGACUCGAGAAUGGUGCUAUCGGCGUAUUUUCAGGGGAUACCCUGGAAAGGGAUUAGAAAACAACAGAGAGAAAAACACUUAUAACAUAUAGUUAUUAUUAAAGAUGGUCUAACGUUGUUGAUAUGGGUAUACAGUGCAAAAAUUAAUUAGUCAGAUUUUAGCAUUUUAUCACUUACUGCGCAGGAUUCAAUGUUUUAACCAAAAUGUGUUACAAAGACAUCACAUUCCGAAAAUGCAAAACCUGUGGAUCUAUCAAAUGAAGCUCGUCGAUGUAGGUGUAAAUGUGCUUUGCAUAUUGUAUGUUUUAAAUAUUAGCUAUAAGAUUUGAUUUAGAUGCACGAGUUGUGCGAAAUAUCGUUUUAAAUGAAACUGUAGAUGUAAAUCUACUUAAAGAUGUAAAUCGAAUGAAACACUAAUGACACAAAUUUAUGCUUUUAAGACUAGAAGUCGUGCACAUAUUAUUCUUUUGUUAAUUAUUAUACCUUUUAUUUUAUGUCAAGUAGUUAAAUAAAAAACAACACAAACAUUUAAUCGCACCCUUUUAAUUUCACUUACAUAUCCCUUAUCAUAUUUGACACCAGACCACGGUUUCCUAUUAGCAGAAUCUAAGAACAUUACUCGCUCAUCCUGAUACAUAUCAUUUCCUUUACUGACAGCUGACUGGUAAAGGAAACAAUUAGUUGCUAGUGAACUCGAUUGCGAUCGUGAAAUCUGAUGCUUACAAAUAAUGCCAUGUCACAAAAUGGCUCAAGUAUAUAACCAGGAUAGGAUAGAUAACCAAAUAUUUACCACUUACUGCUGAAUAGCGGAAAAAAAGCACAUAUCAUUGGCGUGCCUGAGUCAGUAUCAUCGUGAUCAUUCAAGCCACCAGCAGAAAAAGCAACGUGUUAAUAGUAAGUUAAUCAUGGAAAAAAUCCAAGGCACUGUACUGCAAACAUAUCAUAAAAAUCCUAAAGAAGCCCGAAAGAAAUUUUAUUCGUAACUGUUAUUGUUUGGUAGCUUUAAAACUGUUCGUGUAGAAUACAAUGAGAAUCUAUUCCGUAAAAUGUUACAGCAAAAAAUGAAAUAUAUACAAAUAAAAUAAA